UUCUCUCUCAGAUUUGUAAUUAAUCCAUGAUCUGCAACAUAAGAAAUUCUUUUCUCAGAACAAAUAUCUGCCCAAAGAAAGGAAAAGGGAAAAUCAGGAAGAGAGAUGGCAUUUAAAGCAAAGGACACCAUAAUGCAUAUCAGAAAAGUAACAGUAUUCUCAAUGAGAAUUAUUUACAGAUCAGGUUGCAAUCAUCCUUUCAUUUGGUGCAUGCUCUUCUUCUUGCUUAUACUUUACAGAUAUAUUCCACCAUUAUUCGGGUUCGUUAUUUAUUCAUUGCCCGUUGCUGUCUGCACUGCUCUCGUCUUCGGAACUCUUCUACUCUUCGUCGACUCAAAAGUUCCAUAUACAGUAGAUAAGCAAAAUGUUAAAGUUCCUCAAGAAGAACAAGAUACUGGAGAUAACAAAAAUUCUUUUAGUGACGGUGAGGACAAUGAAUCUGAGAAAGCUGAUGUAUCUGAUAUGAUUCCUAUACUCGACGAGCUUCACCCUCUUUUAGAUAUUGAUGCUCCACAGAAUGCAGAGUUCAUUGAUGACUCUGAUGACGGGAGUACUGACGAAGAAAUUGAGAAUCAAGAAGACGAAGAGGAUGAAGCAAAUGACGAUGCUCAUGAAGUUGUGUUGAAAUGGACAGAUGAUGAUCAGAAGAAUUUGUUGGAUCUCGGGACUUCAGAACUUGAAAGGAACCAGAGACUAGAAAAUUUGAUUGCAAAGAGAACAGCAAGGAAAUUUCUCAGCUUUCAUGCGGAGAGAAAUUUAAUAGAUUUUGAUGCAGGUGAUCCAGUUACAGGAACUGAUAAUUUUCAGACACCACCAAUAUCUGCACCAAGAAAAAACCCUUUUGAUAAUAUUGAUGAGGCUCCAGGUUCUGCUCCUUCAAUUCUUCAACCGAGACAGAAUCCUUUCGAUCUUGCUUAUGGUCAAAAUGAGGAUUUCAUUCUGAGGCCAUAUUUUGCCACUGAGAGCAUAGAAGCAGAAGAAUUGCCAGGUUUUGUUUCUUUAGAGAAAGAAUAUAGUGAAAAUGAUGAAACAAAUUCAGUGGAUAGAGAGAGUGAGGAUCACAAGGAGGAUGUAGAAGUUGAGGGGGCUGAGGUUAUUGAUGAAGAGGAGUAUGAUGAUUCGAGCUCAUCGUCGAUGGAGGAAAUUGAGGAGGAUUCAAAAGUUUGUGAUGAAUUGGGUGGUGAUGAACAAGAAAGGGAUAAAUCUUUGAUGGAUCCUGAUGAUGCUGUGCAAUCGACAAUGACGGAGGUAACGUACCCUGAUGAUCCUGUGCAGUCGACGACAACAGAGGUCGUGGAUGACCGUCAAGUUGCUGAGCCAGUGUAUGAUUCUAGUCCUUCUGCAGAACCUGAAGAUGCUUUAUCACUUGAGGGCAAAGAAGAAGACCUCCCAAAUGCUGAAAGUACUUGGGUAGCAUCAUCAAGAUUAUCUUUCAUCGACAGAGAUGAAUCAAGGACAACAGAGAUCGACGAGAUUAGCGAAAUGGAUGUUAUCCCUGUCACUUUAUCUGAAACUGGUGAAGAUUUUGUGCAUACUAAGUCUCCUGUGAGGCUUUCGCCUUUGUUGGUUAGCACUGUCGAUCCAGGUGCAAUUAUCAACAACCAACGAUCAAGUAACUCAUCCAUAACAGGAAAACCACUUACACCGAGGGAUGCACCAAAAUUAGUACUGCAAUCUGAGAGAGCUGGUAGCAAUAAAAUUACUGCAGAUUUGCCACCAAUUUUUGAGGAGAAUUCCGAGAAUUUGGAAGUUGAAGAUGAGAAUGGGAGCAUGACAGAUGAAAGUGCAACUUCUAUUGUUGAUCAAAGUGUCGAGCAAAGUUCGAAGGAGUCUGUACAGUAAGAGGAAUAUGGCAAAGCAUUGGUAAUUCUAUUGCGCGGACUCAAUUUUUUGUAGUUGUUCUCAAGUUAUUUUGAACAAAUUUGAGAAAAUAACCAUAUAAGAAAAAAGUUCUUUGCUUGUACAGGUUUACCUCCGCUUUUUGCUAAUUGGAUGUUGUGAGUUUUACCAUAGUAUACCAUGGAAGUUCAGAUAUUUCACUCAUCAAGUUGACAAUAUUAGUUUAUAUUCUGCAAUAUACUCUUUGCAGUACAUUCACUUGAAUGUUUCUAGUGAAUUAUCUCUAAAUUGAGAAAAUCAUCAAUUGUAAGCUGUAACCAUCCAAAGGGUCUUCAGGUUUUGCAGAUA